CCUUCACACGCCUUGCGCUGCACCCCGCAUAACAGCCUGGUCCCCGCCCUAUACCCAAGUCGACGAGCCAAUUCACCGGUCGUCCUUUGUCGUGCGCCCUGUCUCCGGGUGCUUGGCAGCUUCUUGCACACUCGACGCCCACGUCUCUGUACCGCACGCCUGUCGUCAAGGCUACUUCACCUUGGGCUCGAUCCAACAAACCCACUGCCCUACCCUUUUCCCACGAAUGUCGGCAUACCAACAUGUCCAGCUUUCUGGCUCCGGUUAUCGCGACUUUCCUUGAGCACCCUAUUUCCUGAAAAAAAAAUUACGUCCAUCACUUCGGUUAACACACCACCUUCGUUUCCGUCUACGACGACCCACGUACGGCGUUGAGCUUGGUGAUUCUUUCGGCUUCAGAAACACGCGUCCGUCACUUCAUUCCACGGCUCUGCUGCUCCAAAACUGCCCGGAUAUCCAUUUCGCCCUCCCCCGCGUUUGAACACCGUCUGCGCACUGCGCAUAGGCCAUCUGAAUCGCAUCCUACCGCCCAAAUAGUCUUCAGUACCAACCACCGCCUCAUAACCAUGGCAUCCGCGACACCGGCUCCAGCAGAACAGGCGCCCCCGCGGCCUCUGUCAUUCGCCAAGGUCGCGGCUUCCGCCAUAAAACCCCAGACGUCGAAAGAUUCUGCUCCAAAAGCGAGGCCGCCUGUUGCGACACCUAGAAUACCUGCCAUCGCCCACAAGGCGCGCUCUAUCCCCAUGAACGGCGAGGUACCGCCCAGAAUUCUCGCGGAAAAGCGAGAAGAUAACGAUGCGAGCAAAAGCGCUGAAAAUGCCAUCUCGCCGCCGGCGCAGCAGACAAGCACCGCCGAGCUAUCGGACACACCGUCCACAGACCCCAAAGGGGAAGCUGUCGAUAGGCCCCAGUCUGCUGCUGUAGUCAAGGUGUCUGUUACCGAGGACAGCAGCACUCAGCUCUCCUCGUCAGAUGGAUCCGGGAAACCUCCCAGUGUUGAUGGAAAGAGUGUUGCUUCUGCAACCACCUUUGCGCUCGACGAGAAGGAGUCUUUGCGCCCAGACGACAGUGCCAGCCUCAGGGCAGUCGAGGAAGAGGAUGUCACAUCCCCACCCGACUCAGUCGUUGCAGACUCCCGGCAGGGAUCUGAUCACGGCGCUGCGCGUGCCUUCCGGGACCAGCUACAUGAAAUAGCGGUGAUGAAUCCUCAACCUAAGCGAGAAGGUCCUCCAGGUCGAUUUCCAACACUAACCAAUGGUCCGCAAACUUUGUACGACCCUAACCAGUCGCUGAACAGCGCAGGGCUCAUGUCGCAGCCUAUGGUCAAUGGUAUGCCCUCACUCAACGGUGUUCCCAACAUGCCCGCCAUUCCAGACGAGAAGCUGCUUGAAGCACUGCGGUCUCCACGCGAUCGUUUGUUUGUAGUCAAGAUUGAACAAGACUUUAUUGAUUUCAUCAAAGAUUCUCGAGAAAACGAAUUGUGUCUGCCGAACUGUAAUACUUUCUAUAGGAUGCUUGCCCACCGUCUUGCGGACUACUAUUUGCUCGGCCACGUGGUCGACACUACUAUGACUGGUGUGAAGAUUACACGAACACCUUACUGUAGGAUCCCACCUCCCGUGUCACAGAUGGUUGAUCCUGCCAAGGGUACCAAUACACCUCCUGUAGAGCUUCCUGCUCGUAAGAUAAUGCGUCGCGACGAUGGAAAAUCAGGUACAAACACUGGAGCUAAUUCGCAAAAUGCCUCAAAGACGACUUCUGAGAUGGGUGGUAGUGAGGGCAGCAAUGACGGCGAAGGCAGCAAAGAUAAAGCCGCUCUAUCCAGAGAAGAGCGUGAGGCACGUUAUCGUGAGGCCCGUCAGCGCAUCUUCGGAAGUGCAGAGAGCGAAGAGCCCGAGGUGGCAGAAAGCAAUGGACCUGGAGAAGACAAAAACAAAGGGAAGGACAUCUCACGAUCAAGUUCCGCUGCUGGAAAGAAGAAGCCCAAGAAGCAGCGUAACUACGACGAUGAUGACUUUCAGGCUCGUUCCCGCUUUAAUGUGUACUACCCGCAACAGUAUCCUGUGGCUACAUACACUGGAGAUAACGCGGUCUACUACAACGGUUACCCAGGUCCUGCACAGAAUGCGCCAUAUGCAACCAUGAAUCCUGGUGCUUCUCCUCCGGCUGCUUUCAGCAACCCGUAUCCGGGCAUGAUGGCCCCAGAGGCGCAGUCGCAGUAUGGUUGGGCUGGUCAACAGUACCAGGCCUCUAACGGGUCAAUGAUGGCGUACCCCGGUUAUGGACAAGCAUCGAAUGGUUACGACAUAUCGGCAGACUUCCAAAGGGGUAUGUCGUCCUUCCAGAGCGCUGGCAUGCCUUCUCAAGUCACUCCGAAGAUGGCCAAUCCGCAAAUGGCAUCUUAUCAAGAUACCUACCAGCAACCACAACACAUGCCUGUGAAUUCUGGUUGGUCACACGCAAAUCAACAGCCCUCAUUCCACAUAGCUCAGGGUGCAUACAAUGCUCAGAAUGGUCCUGGCAACCGCCCCAUGUCCGCACCCCACCAAGCACCAAUGCCUGGGUAUUCCUACGGGCAGUUCGCCUCAAAUGCUUACAAUGGAAAGUCAAAUCGCAACCAGCAUCCUCUUCCAGGAAGCUAUAACCGUGGACAGUUCAACCCACAAACUCAAGCUUUUGUUCCCGGUGGACGUAACAUACCCUUCGGAAUGCAGCAAAAUAUGAUGCAGGGACAGCCUCAGUUAAAUGGGUACGGCGGAUACCAAAUGUCGGCUCAGACUUCCAUGCCUGCUCAAAUGCCUAGACCCAACCCUUCUUCUAAUUCCACGCCGUCGUUUGGGUCACCUCAAAGUAUACAGGGCAACAACUCAGCCACUUCCAUGAACCGAAUCGCCUCCCAGACUGGCGAGCCGGGGUCAUCUCAAAGCAGCAUCGCAAAAUAUGGUACACCUUCACACCUGCCUCCAAAGCCUCCAGCUCCAGCUCCAGCUCCACCGUUUGCUUUGCCCUCUAUGACGCGAGUACCAUCAUCCGGGCUUGCUAACAAUGCUCCUACAAUGUCCACUCGAGGCGGGUCGGGCAACUUCAAUAACAACACGAACCCCAACUAACGCUUUACGACAUGAUCUUUAGCAUUGCGACGGUGCCUCCAUUGGACUUAUUUGCAUCUUUAUCUGGCUGGGCACGGGACAGGUUCGAAGGGAGAAUGAGGCGUUUAUCUAAUGCGUGCUUUCUAUGCUUCCCGCUUGCAUGCUGAGGAUCGUCCGCAUCCUGAUCGUGAUCUCUCCCACCUCUCAACUUUCUGUUAGGUCACUAGGUAAAAGCACUUUUCUUCUCGGUUAGUAGACGGAAUGGGCGGUAUUCAUGUAGCUAUAAUAAAAUUGUAACCUUGCUUCUAUUACGAUGGGGGGUUCACCCACGAACGUGAGCAUCAACAGAAUUGUAGAAUAGAAUCCAU